AUGGUUGAUAUUGCAGCUAACGUAGAGCGAGUGGUACUGCUUCGAGAAGCGAAGAAUGUUGGGUAUAAAAGGAGGAAUGAAAACCAGAGUCAAGGAGGAGCAAAGAAGCCUAACCAAGGCUAUCAGGGAAACCAAAGGAGGAACGAUGUUGGAAACAAAGGACAAGGUUAUCGUGGAAACCAGAAUAAUAGGGCACAAGAAUGUGCCAAGUGUGGGAGAAGAGGCCACAUCGAGAUUCGUAGUAGUUUCCUGCCAUUUGAAGCUGAGGAAAUUUUGAAUAUGCCUAUCACCACAGUUGCGUUCAAAGACGAGGUAGUAUGGAAUUAUGAGAAGUCUGGCUGCUACUCUGUGAAAUCUGGAUACCAUUUUAUUAAUUAUUAUAGAUACACACUUGAAGGGGAAGCAAGUGGAGCACUACCUACCAACAAGGGGUUGCAUAAGAGAGUGGAGAGUAUAUCACCAAUAUGUGGGAGGUGUUUGAAGGGUGAAGAAUCUUCGUUACAUGCAGUAUGGGAGUGUAGCUUUGUGAGAGGUGUGUGGGAGGAGUGUGGAGUUGGAGAGGUAAUCAACUGUCUAAGGGUGGGUUAUGUAGUUGAUUGGGUGAGCUGGUGGCUGCAUCAUUGUAAGGAGGAGGAGAAGGAGGAAAUAUCAAUGGUGGCUUGGAAUGUGUGGAAUGAGAGGAAUGGUGUUAUCCACGGUAAGGUGCCGCGCCACCCAGCUGAGGUAGUGGCUGCAGCUACCUCGUUGCUGGCAGCAUACACCCGAACAAGAGACGAAAAGGGGGUUAUGAAGGGGGAUGUUGGUAGAGCUAGAGAUGAUGCAAAAUGGAAACCACUAGGGGUUAAUUAUUUGAAGAUUAAUGUAGAUGGUGAAACUUUUAAAGAAGUGGGUGUAGGCAUGGGAGUGGUAAUACGUGAUCAUGAGGGUAAUGUAGUACGAGUAGCUUGCCAACAAGUUCAACAUAAAUGGGAAGCAAACGUUACCAAGGCAAAGUCGAUAAUACUUGGGUUGAAGAUGGCACUAUAA